AUGGAGACGCAGCAAUUGAUAGACAAGAUCGUCGCUACGGGCAACACAAUCCGUGAGCUGAAAGGAGCUAAGGAUAAGAAAAAUGCUGAUAAAAUUACGGUUCAAGUGGAGAAAUUACUGGCGCUCAAGAUGCAGUACAAGACGUUAACAGGUGUCGACUAUACGCCGCCUUUUCAGUCUACGAAAGUCAAGCUAAAUGCUCUUCCUGCUGUGAACGACAAGGCCAAUCCAACGUCCAAGAAUCAGUUGAAAAAGGAGAAGAAAUUAGCAGAACAAGCAGCAAAAAAAGCGGCCGGAGGCUCUGUCAAAAUCGGCAAACAGAAGCAGAAGAAGGCCAAGCCUUCCGAGAGUGCGAAACCAGCUCAAAGUGCGCCUGUGCCAUCAAGUGUCGAUCUGCUACUACGACAGAAUGAGUUUCAAUAUCAAGUGUUGAGCUCUGGGGUAGCAAGUGGUGCCCAAGUGGUGACACCGUGGGAUGUGGAAGCCGAAGAUGGUGUGGACUAUGACAAAUUGGUCGAACAGUUUGGUAGUACCAAGAUUCCUCCUGAGAUGGUGGAGAGGAUGGAGAAACUAACAGGCCAUAAAGCUCAUCGCUAUUUACGUCGUGGCUACUUUUUCUCACAUCGUGACUUGGACGUGAUCCUUGACGCGUAUGAGAAGGGCGAAAAGUUUUUCUUGUACACUGGUCGUGGCCCUUCCUCGGGUAGUCUACAUAUGGGACACCUGAUUCCGUUCACGUUUACGGCCUGGCUGCAAAAGGUUUUUGAUGUACCUCUUGUGAUUCAACUCACUAACGACGAGAAAUUUUUAUUCAAGGAUCAGACGCUCGAAGAGAGCAAGAUUAUGGCUUGGGAGAACGCAAAGGAUAUCAUCGCCUGCGGGUUCGAUGUCAAGAAAACCUUCAUUUUCGCUAACACCGACUACAUUAAAGAAAUGUACCCGCAGAUUCUCAAGGUGCAGAAGUGUGUCACGUACAACCAAGUCCGGGGCAUCUUUGGCUUUACUGGGUCAGACAACAUCGGUAAGUCGGCCUUCCCUGCUAUUCAGGCUGUGCCGUCUUUUUCAGAGACAUUUCCUGUGGUGCUUGGUGGACGUAAGGGACUGCGUUGCCUCAUCCCGCACGCCAUUGAUCAAGAUCCGUACUUUCGUAUGACUCGUGAUGUAGCCCCGCGUAUUGGCUACCUCAAACCUGCUUCUAUGCACUCCAAGUUCUUUCCCGCUCUGCAAGGCAGCACUACAAAGAUGAGCGCCAGCAAGGCGAGCACUACCAUCUACAUCUCGGACUCGCCGGACGAUAUCGCCAACAAGAUCAAGAAAUACGCCUUCAGCGGCGGAGGUGAGACAAAGGCCGACCAUGAGAAAUACGGCGCCAACUUGGAGGCCGAUAUUCCGUACCAGUAUCUGUCAUUCAUGCUCGAGGACGACGUAGAGCUUGAGCACAUUGGCCGCGAGUACGGCGCAGGACGCAUGAUGUCUGGCGAGGUGAAGCAGAGACUGAUCGACGUCAUGGCCGAGUAUACGCUGGACUUCCAAAAGCGCCGUGCUGCCAUCACUGACGAUCUAGUUUCCGAGUUCAUGAGCGUGCGCCCCCUAGAUUUUUAG